AUGACGCUGACAAGUCUUCCACAUGAUGCUUUGUAUCGUGUCCUAUGCUUUCUUUCUGUCCGCGAAAUCAUCUGCCUUCGACUGGUGUGCAAAGACCUUCGCGACUUGACAUUCCACACGGCUAUAUGGCAUGAUGCGUAUAAACAUGCAAAACUGCCUCGUCCUCUCGGACCACUUGACUCUCAGUCUCGCGAGUUCCUAGAAAACACCCUCGUCAAAAGCACUCAAGUUGGCGUGAAGUGGAACAAGCAAGCUCUAACGAUAACUUCUAAGGCGACUUGGUUUGAACCCGAGUGGUCAGCCUUGCAAGGAGACCAUUGGGAAGUGGUAACUGGCUUAUGGCUCGUCAUCCCGCACAUCAGCGGCCCCGACAUCCUGUGCUACGAUCUGGAGCGCGGGCUGCGCCACGUCGUAUAUCACGCCAAUGGCGCUCAGAUACUGUCGUUCAAAAGUGCGACUUCUGAGGCAGCAGACGGAGGAUGUAUCAUGCACGCUAUCGUCAUGGAAAGCUCUCGCAGCAGCCCGUCGUUCUCACAUAAACUGCUUUCCAUUCGUUUCUCUUCUGAUGGUCCAUCGUUGGAAUCCUCCAUGGUAAUUCCUGGCGAUGUAAUCGGAAUGGGAAUGUCGCAGCUAUCUGCUGGGAAGCGCUUGCUAUGCAUGAGCGAUCAUCUGACUGGUACUUUGAAUUUAGCAGUGGAUACCCGCACCCGCAUCCUGUACUGCUUUCCGCCACCGAGCUCUAUUAUUGACCCUAAUUUCGCCACAACUUGUACCCAAGAGACAUACCUGAAGCGUCUCAUUGCCACUGAAACCCACAUUCUUGCGAUGUUUACCCCUAUCACUAUUGUCAGCCAGCUCGACGAGGGAGGAAACUGUCGUGCGAUCAUUCAGGCGUUCGCUCUCCCAUCAGCGGGAAUUGCUCCGCAUCCUCACCUACUCUUCAACUCACCCAUGAAGGCCAUUGUUAUCUCGAUAUCGAACUACUUUGCUCACCGAGUAACGUUAUCCCCUCCUCUGCCAGGGGAGAAAUUAGGGAAUAUAUCCCUCUCCACCGAGCAGCUUUUCUCUGUACCAGGUUAUGCUAACACCAUGAAGUUUACCACGUCAUUUGACGGGCACGCGCGUGGCAUCUGCGUACUUCAUAACGAAAGGGAUGGAACAGAAUUCUAUGGAUUUACCAUCGACGCUAGCAGUAUGGAUAAGCCCUGUUCGGGCAUUGUUGGACCAGGGGUCGAUAUCAAAGAGGUUGAAGCGAAAGAGUCGUUUCCCUCGUCUUUGAGGAUGACAUGGAAUGUGAAACUCGCAUUCGACGGCUACUUGGGUAGAAUCUGUUACAGGAAACGAGGUCAGGCAGGAAGGAAUGUACUCGCUAUAGUAGAUUUGGCUUAG